UCCACUUAUUACUCCUCUACUUUUCUCAUCAGCACUUCAAUUCCACCACUCAAAUGACAGCCCAGUCUUCAAAGACAGUGCUGUCCCUGGACUCUGAGGCGGUGUUCUCACUCAAAGAUGGCAUCAACUUUAAGAAGAGCCCAGAUGAUGGCAAGUGCUACAUCAUAUACAAAGAAAAUGGAGAGCUGAAGGCCUGCAAGAACCAAUGCAAACACCAAGGAGGCCUGUUCAUCAAAGACAUAGAGGACUUAGAUGGAAGGACGGUCCGAUGUACAAAACACUACUGGAAGCUGAACGUCUCAACUAUGCAGUAUGUGAACCCUCCUGACAGCUUCACACAGGAUGAGCUGGACGUCGUGAUGACAGACGAGGGUGGUCUUCAGCUCGUGGAGGUGAUCGUCUGGGACCCCUGGUUGGCAGACCCCCAGGAUCCACAGGAACUGCAGGAGGGAGAGGUGACUGUGAGCUACCUUACCCAUGCAUGUAUGGAGCUCCAGCUAGGGGGGAAGAAGAUGAUAUUCGACCCCUGGCUGACGGGUCCGGCCUUCGCCAGGGGCUGGUGGCUGCUCCAUGAGCCACCUGCUGACUCCAUGGAGAGGCUGUGCAUGGCCGACCUCAUCUACAUCAGCCACAUGCACUCCGACCACCUCAGCUACCCAACCUUAAAAUCCCUCUCUGCGACGAGACCCGAUGUUCCAAUUUAUGUUGGCGACACAUCAAGGCCAGUGUUCUGGAUGCUGGAGAAAAGGCAGGUGCAGCUGACAAAUAUCAACGUCGUUCCCUUUGGCAUUUGGCAAAACAUUGAUGAGCACCUCAGAUUCAUGAUUCUGAAGGAUGAAGUGCACCCUGAAUUGGACACCUGUAUCAUUGUUGAAUAUAAAGGUCAUAUGAUCCUCAACACGGUGGACUGCACCAGGCCAAACUACGGCCGACUGCCCCACAAUGUAGACCUGAUGAUGAGCGACUUUGCUGGAGGGGCGUCUGGCUUCCCCAUGACCUUCAGUGGAGGAAAAUACACAGAGAGCUGGAAAGCCGAUUUCAUCAAGAAUGAAAGGAAGAAGCUCAUGAACUACAAGGCCCAGCUGGUAAAAUCCUUGCAGCCCAAGAUCUACUGCCCGUUUGCCGGUUACUUUGUCGAAGCACAUCCCUCAGACAGGUACAUUAAGGAAACUAACACGAAAAACAAAGCGGAGGAGCUCAAUGCCCUGAUCAAGAAGAGCGCUCCAGGCAUAACAACAUGGACACCCAAGCCAGGCGCUGUGCUCGAUCUGGCCCUGGCUCUGAUGAGCCCCAGCCGGUCAUAGAGACAGAUGAGGACUUCAUUCCGAUAGACAAUGGCUACAACUAUCUGGUGGACUUCAUGGAUCUGUCCUUCCCUACUCAGAGGCCCACUAGAGAGCACCCUUAU